UGGAGCAGCGGCGGGUAAAUCUCAGUGAAGAAGAACCUGCUGGUCGGAAACAUGGCGAAGCUUGUGUGUCGGUUCGAUUCCCUGCGUUGCGAGAUCCGGAGGUAACAGCGGUGUGAGUAACAGCAGCCGACAAACGGUGACGGUGCCACCGUAGGCGAGAGACUCGUCGGUUUGAUCGAGAAAAUGGACGACACUCUGGCACGGCGAGAGGCAGGUCGUCCUCUGAGGAGAGUGUCUGCCGCCGCGGAGCCAGGAGCUAGCGCUAGCCUGCAAGAUGGCGAGGUGAGGGAUGCGACCUCGGCCAGAGAAGCUCACCCUGGAGCGGACAGACGUGGUCCACGGAGGGCUGCUGCCGCGGGGAGGAUGGAGAGGAGGAACUCGGCACCCCAAGUGGUGUACCAGAGAUAUAUGCCGAUGGAGCCCCUCAAGUUAACCAUACCGAGGAAAACCAGAGAAAAGAGAGCUGUGUUCCACGUUUCCACUGAAUCCAGGGAAUAUGAAGACAUGAUGACCAUCUUGACCGCCAGCUACAUUGACACCAGCUCCUCUAGCAGGUUUACCUACAGCAAACCUCGGCUGGUCCACAGCGAGCAGCUGGAGAAAGAGUUUGUAGAGAAGAGGAAGGAGAUGAAGGCAGAUGGGAGGACAGAAAAGGAACUGGAGGAGAGCUACUGUUUCCUGCUGACUGAUGCUGUCAAGUUGCCCUUGCUCUGUGAGAAGGGCCUGUUUGUGGGCCAGAGCUGGAUCACACUGCUGGGGAACCCUGCUAAAGGAGUGUAUCUGUCCAGGUACUCAGACCUGCUACAGAGUAACGCCUUCACGCCUGGAGCCACAGGGGAGAUCAUCAUCUUCAAAGUGAUGAAGGGAAAAGUGAAGAGCAUCUAUGAAAACAUGAAGAACCUUCUCGAUCCAACGCCUCGCUUCGACAGCCAUAUCUCUAAGAACGCCAGCAAAGUCACCUCGGUCAACUCCUACCGGGCCUUUGAGCUCACACAGCAAUACUUCUACGAGUAUUCGUUCGACGAGCUGCGGGAGCGACCUCGCCAGGUGUGUCCGUACGCCAUUGUCUCCUUCCAGGUUAAAGGAAAAGACUCUCCACUUCCCAGCAAACCUUUAGCACCCAUCAGGUUGAACAGUCAGUCAGCAGAAAGGAAUAAAGAGCGUGCUCAGUUCCCUGUGUGGAGUGGAGAUUUAGUAAAAGAUGACCGGGUUCUCUUCCAGAUCUCAUUUCGCUCCUUCUUUCGUCCCUUCCUACCCCACAGACUACCAGAGAAACUAGAAAUUGGUUACCUGAUGAGGUUUGACCAGGUAGCCAAGCUCCUCCCCUCCGACCUGUUCUCCUACAACCUCUACAGCGGCAGUCAAGAAGUUGUGAAUAACGGACAUUGCUGCAGUCUUCUGGAGGUGAUUGACAGGAAUCGAUCUACAACCAGUGUGGCCAGACUGCUACAGGAACUCGAGAUAAAAAGAGUGGUUCUGGUGACUCCACUUACUGAGAAAGGCUUUCUUUUCUUGCUGUCAAGUGUUCAAAUGGCCACGCCUACUGAGAGAGGAGAGAGCUGGAAAAGGUGUCUUCAGGCCUUGUUUGUCUUCCCAGAAUCUAGAGAUCUGGUCAAAUCCGCACUGCGGUGUGCCUCCUCGUCCCACGAUGCUUCACAGCCAUCGAUAUCAGGUGCAACGCUGAUGCCACAGCUGGCUCAGUUCAUCCCAGCGCUGCAUCACGCCCUGGUUAAAGCCCGCGCAAACCCCCCUGCUGAGCUGUCUGCUGGUGUGGAGCGCCAUGCACGGGAAUAUCUUGUUGGCAUGAAUGACGGCACUGUUAGACAAUACCCAAUGGGUGAGUACGACGAGCAGGGACAGUUGUUUCCUGUAUCCAAACACCCUCAGGUGAACAUGGACAGCUACCUGCACUCCUACUUGCACAGUCCUGCCAACUACCUGCUAUCAAUGGCUCGGGCCAAGCAGAUGGUGGAGGCACACUGUGGCCCUGAGCAGCCCAAGGAUGUGAAGCCCAGGAAGAGUGCUGGAGGCCAAAGAGAGGCAACAAGCAACACUAGAGAUGGCCAGACCAACUCUCAAAAGAUGCAGCAGCUGAUAGAUCUUGUUCUGACUUGUAAGAGCAAUGCAGAAAAUGAGGUGAGGAACGAGGUAGGAGAGGAGCUGAAGGUGCCAGGGAGGAAGAGGAAGCUGGAACAGGAGACAGCAGAGAGGGCGCUUAAAUUCCUAAAAGCAUCACAGGAACCUGGGAAACACCACAAGAUUCCAGUUGAGGGAAGCCAAGUCUCCUCCUCACCUGUCUCUCUUACAUCUGUGAUCGGCUCAGUGGGUCUGAAGGAUGUUGAUUUGAGAGAAGAUGGUUCUGAAGUGGCUACCAGACUUCUUGGCCUGCUGACAGGCCUCACCCAAGCUGCUGAGGGAACGACCUACCGGAACUUUUGUGAGACGCCAGGAGAGGGGCAGAGGGAGUCUUCUCCAUUUGACAGGCUGGCCACAAAGCUGGGCCUGCCCACCAACUGUGACAUUGAUCUGAGGAAGCAGGAGGAACUGGAGGAGCAGAUGGCGGGCAGUGUCAGUAGUUUGGAGGGAUUCAGUCCCAGCUCACACAGCGGAGAGACCAAUCAUCAGGGAGCAGCAGGUAGAGGAGGAGGAAUGGGGCGGAGAACAGGAGGUUACGAAGAAGAGGGACAGGGAGAGAUCCCGUGGGUCCUCAUCCCCAUAACAGGUCUGUGCUCAGAGAGGUACACCCAGAGAGACCGGAACGUCCCUCAGGACCCUCGCUUCCAGCACCUUACCACGGCAACAAGCAUCACCAUAACAACCAAAUCUCGCGGGAAGAGCCCCACCUCGUCCCAUUUGCCCAGCCCUUCUACCUCUCCUAUCCGCUUACCGUCUUCUGAAGCCAGCCCUGCUCUCUCCCCCUCCCAAUGCCCCUCACCUGACCCCAGCCCUCCCAUUUCACCCUCCCAGUGUCCAUCUCCAGAGCCAAGUCCCUAUCCUUCACCGUCUCAGUGCCCCUCUCCAGAACCCAGUCUCCCUCCUUCCCCUUCGCAAUGCCCAUCUCCAGAGCCCAGCCCUCCCCCAUCACCUUCCCAGUGCUGGUCCCCUAAGACCCAUCCUCCCCUCUCAUCCUCAUGGUGUCAGACCCUGGUUCCCGAUAAGCUCAGCCCGCUUAUUAAGAACCAGACAGGUGCUAAUGAGGAGCGGUUAACCCUCAUAGCCUCCCAGGAGUUUAAAGGUCAGUCCAGUGACAAAGGAGAGAAACUUCUGGGGAACGAAGAGAAGAAUGGAGAGCCACUUCUUUCUGCAUCCAUCCGUCCAUGUAACCCUCCAGCUGUAGAGCAGAGGACUCUGCCAUCACCUCUUAUGCAAGGGAAGGAGGAGACAGAGCAGAAAACAGGGGGAGUUAAGAAGGCACAGGUAGAACUUUCCAUGAAGGAAAAGAAAGCUCAGCCAGUCGAGAGAAUGUGGAAACAAGGGGAAACGGAGACCGUUGAAUGUAAACCAAAUGAGGAGGAGGCGGUGGUGGAUAUGAUGCUAAAAGCAUCUAGUGAAAAGGAGCAAAAGGGAAAAUCGAAGGAACUGGCCGGUGGCUCUGUGUUUUCUCCUUCUGUCUCCUCCGCUGCUGUUCAUCCUCAAAGAGAUAUUGACAGCAUAGUGGACAAACAUGUGGGUGAUUUCUCCUCUGAGAUUCAGCUCCUCCUGCAAGAGGAGAGGAUUCCUUACAGCUUCCCACUGUCCUCACACUCCACUUUAAACUCAGAAGCCCCCACACCUCCACACACGCUCCCGUAUGCCUCAGUCUCUCAGUUUUCGCACUAUGUGUCUUUCCUCAACCCCUGUCCCCCCGUCCACGAGUAUAUGAGCUCCCUAAGGGACAGCAUUAGCAGCAUGCUGACAGAGUUUGAUGACGGGUGGCCGAACCACAAGCCUGACACCAGCCACACUAAUUCCGAUGCCACGUUGGCUAACACGGUUAGUGCUUUUGUGGCCAGUGUACGAGCAGGUAAUGCUAAAACAGGCAGAGAUGACGAGGUUUCUGCUCCUUGUGGUGAACUGAAUGCUGCUGAUACCAGUUCCUCAGGCAGUCAAAGUCCUGUGCUCUCCAGAGUAGGUGAAGUGUGGCGGCCAGAUGCUACAAACGGCAGGAAUCCCACAACUUCCCCUGUCACUUUAUCCACUCCUACCUCUGCAUCUGCUUCUGUAUACAAGCCUGCCAACACUACUGUCCUCUGCACUCCUAACAAGUCACAACAGUCCCAAUGGAAACCACAGCGAAGUCACACUUUAGAGGCAAAGACAGUCACUCAAGACAUUCAGCAAACACAAGAUGACAGCCCUGCCAGUACGGUACUUUGUACUGCUGGUGUGGAAGGGGGACGAACUCUUUCAAGUACAGAUUGUGGCACAACCCUGCCAGGGUUCAGCAGCGUCUCUCUACAUCUGGCAGAAUCUUCCAACCGCUCUGAGCCAGUUUCCAGCCUGAGCUCUGUGUCCGUCCCUGGGCCCACUCCUCCAGCCACAACCCUGAGCUCCCUGAUUGGCCAACUGCAGCCAGAGGUGUUCAACAAUCUGGUGAAGAUCAUCAAAGAUGUUAAGAGAAACUCUGUACAGUUUUAUGUCCACUGCACCGAACCAGGAGACCAGGUCUAUAAAGAUGUCAAGGAACUCCUGUUGAAGCAGGGUAAUGUGGAGCAGACUCCUGUGGCCUUUCUGAACCAAGAAAGCUCUGAUGACAGACUGCUGGUCAUCAUUAAGAACAAAGACAUAGCUGGACACAUACACAAGAUCCCAGGCUUGGUGUCUCUGAAGCGACACUCCUCUGUGGUGUUUCUGGGAAUCGAUACAUUGGACGACAUCAGGAACAACAGCUACAACGAGCUUUUUGUUUCUGGAGGUUGCAUCGUCUCAGAUGACUUUGUGCUCAAUCCAGAUUUCAUCACUCACGAGCAACUAGCUACACUGCUGAUGUUCCUGGAAAAGCACAAUUCCACAGAAAGUGUUUGGAGGUGGAAGGUUCACUGCAAGACCCACAAAAGACUGAAAGAACAAGCCAGGUUCCGGAGAGAAGCAGCCAGCCUACUGGACAUGCUGUCAGCCUAUCAGAAGCGUCAAAUUGUGGAGUUCCUCCCGUAUCAUAAGUGCGACAUGAUGAACCAUCAGUCACCCGACCUGGACUGUCUCAUCGAGCUUCAGGCCCGAUACACACAGUACCGACACACAAUCUUCCUCACUGAGCAUCAUAUUGAGAAGUUUUUCGCCUACUCCAGCGGGGGCAUCAUUGUGUCCAACGUCGAAGAGAUUCUGCACAACUUCACCAGGAUGGUUGGUUGCCAUAACAUCAAGGACAAGCAGCCGCUCAUAGAUGAUCUGCUCUCUCCCAAAGGUCACAUCAGGCAGCUCAGUCAUGGGAGCUCUGUGUCAGGUUCUGAACGUUCUCCCUCCAUCUUCCCGGAGCAAAUCCCCUCCCUGUCCUCCGUCCAUCAACCCCAGCACGUCCUCCCACAGCCCAGCUCCAGCCUCCCCUCUCAUCCCCAUCUCUCCGAUCAGCUCGUCCCAGACUCCUCCUGUCGGGAUGGGGUGCAGCCUCCUUCAGAUAAAGACUGUGAGGUUCUCCGACAGGCCAUUUCACAGUUGCGUGCAGAGCGCGAGUCACAGCUAAAACAGCUUCAACAUCAGCAGCACCUGCUGGAGCUGCAGGCGGAGCUGAGCAUUAACCCGAUCAAGUGCUUUACUGGCACGCCGACUGGUGCAGGCAGCGAUCCCACCAUUCCUCCUGAUGAAAGACGUUCUGAUGACUCCGUCCAGCUCACUCCUGGCAGGGCGGUGGCAGCCACUCUGGACUUAAUUCACUCCACGUUGCAGUCAGAGCUGGGGGAGGAGAGACAGGAGGCUCCACCAGAGGGGCCCCGAGGAGAAGCAGAGGAUGGAGAUCAGAGAGCUGGAAAUAGUGAUACAUCUACCCUGUCCUCCAGUCACAUGGCAAUCACGGUGAUAGGAGCAAGUAACCGGACUGACUCAGCCAAUCAGAGGAGAGAUGCAGGAGCAGAUCAGCGAGGAGAACCUGCAUUUUCCAAAGCAGCUCAGCAAGGAGCAUCGACCUGCAGCACAGCUGGUUCUGCAGACGGCGGCAGAUUGAGCGGCACACCAUCAGGCCAGGAGCAGCCGGUCAGAGCAGACAAAGCACCGCUGGGCAGCAGCACCACGGUAACAGACCAGGACCCGAGUCCUGCUGUGCCUCAGCCACAACCAAUCCAGCGGCAUGUGAGCAAACAGCAGCUUAAUGUGUCCCACCCUCCUCACAGCCAGCAUCGAGGCUUCCUGCAUGCCCCCCUACUGCCCCGACUCAGCCAGCCUUUCUCCCCGGGCCCUAUGCUGGGGCCCUUGACUGCCCUGGGAGGGAUAAGGGGCAUCCUGGGGCCCCCGCCCAUAUGGCCUGGUGGUUUAGGCCCCACAGGCGCUGCUGCCCUGGUGUGGGGAUUCCAGCAGACCGGCAGGGACUUCAGCAGCCCUGGCCUGCUGGGAGGAUACCACGGCCCUGCAGGUCAGGGCGGCAGCCGGUUCAGAGGGGGGCAGAGAGGAGGGGGUUUUAACGGCAUGUAAGAGUAGCUUUAACUACAACACGAGCCUCCCCCUGCUGUUCAGGUAGGAAACUGAAAACAUCCCAGAAACAAACAGGUGCCCCUUAUUCCUCAUCAGUAAACCAGGAGGACGUCCUUCAGGGUUCAGCAGCCGGAACACAGACUCACUGCUUUUAUGGUCGUCUUUUUGCUUUUUGCUUUUUUUUUUAUCCUGACAGUUGGGAAAUACCAGAAGAGUCUUUGUGUUUAAGUAAAUAAAUAAAACUGGAGUCAAAGCAGCUUUAAUUAAAACAAAACUCGCUGAUGUCAAGCAGCUGUCAAACAAAACAAAACGAUUUAAUUUACACAGAGAGAGAGAGAGAUCCUCCAUUAAAGUUAAAUUAUCCCUAACCAGAGUGUGUGUUAAUUCACUCCUCUGUAUGUGGUUUCAGUCUGGACCUAAAGGUCAUUUUUUCUGAUUACAAAUGCCUUUCAAAGCAGUAAAAAACAGUAAUCCUGCUGUGGUUUGUAGAAAAGAGUCAAAAAGAUGUAGACGACAUUUAUGCACCUGCAAAAAUGGAACCCUGAAGCAUGCUGGGUCUCAGUGGAAGCCUGUUUACUGCUGGCCUUUAGAACGGUGAAGAGCAAAACCCUGUCGCAGCUUUGGAACUUACAUGAUGGACAAAAACAACUUGAGACAGCACAAACAAGGUUUUCUGACCCAAAAAGAAGAUCUUGCGGAUGAAUGUAGGUCCCAGUUCAGGAGCCUCUGUGUUUCCAGUAGGACUGCUCUGAGACAGAGGUGGAAUCCCAACUCCCAGCUUCCUUAAACACAACUCCACUUUGAAGGUUUUGGUUUUGACUGACAGUAAAAGAAGAAAAAAGAAGUCACUUUCUUUGUUUUAGACACAAACAACGUUUUCUUGGAGUGGUUUUAGUCCUGAGGAUCGUUUCUCCACUGACGUAACGAGUUGCUUGUUUGUGAAAACCAGUAAAACUGGAAGAACUUGAAACAAAACAUCUGUAAUGGAACCAGACAGACUGCCUUAGACGUCUUCCAGCUGUUCAUAUCUUGUACAAACCAUUUUUUGUACUGAUUGUGUUGUUUGCCAACCCAGAGCUGUUUGUGUUGAGUUGCUGUUGUAUGUAGGAAAAGAUUCUGUAACGGACUGGUUUUAACUUAAAACUCAUUUUUAUGUUGUUGUUUUUUUACAUAAAGUUUUUUGUAAUAAAUCUGCCUGCAGAAACCA